GGUUUUCAUUCAAUCAAAACAGCAACUCAUUGCCCCAGCGUUCUCCGGCUUAGUGCAGCAGUUUCCUUGCUAAAAUCCUUGUAAAAUGGAAUCUUCAAUCAAAGUAACGCCGAAAAUGCCUACCACGUUCAACGAGUUUACGGGUUACAUGGCACCGCGGGAUGAAAGUUGUGUUGCUCAGCUGCAAUCCGUACAUCCGCUAAAGCAAUCGGAGCAAAAUUACGCCCAAUAUUCUCACAACCUCAACAUGCAGAUGCUCCGUAAACACGAGGGCCUAGCGGGCCCACUCAAACUGGCGAUGGAGCUAAAAGCGGUCUCCAAAGUCGGUCAUCUUCCGUUCCUUCCGUCGACCAACUUGGCUCGCGACGUGCUGACUGGAAGGGAUGAAAUGAUCGAGUUUUCCGACAUUUACAACACCGAAGAGCAUCAAGAGAUCAUGCGUCAGCCCCACGCCGUUAUGGAGAAAACGUUGGGUAUUCAUUAAGGAUCACGCGAAAGCAACAAAAAUACAUGAAUAAAUUGUU